GAUAAGAUGGACGGUUAUGAAAAGUUACAAUCAUGUGCAAAGAGAGCUGUUGUAAGCAGAUCUGUUACGUACCAAGAUUAUCCAUGUAAGGGAGUGGCAUUCUCUGAUCUGUCACCAUUGUUCCUGUCGAUAGAGGAUAUGGACGCCCUGCUGAACUACUGGCAAUAUAGAUUCCAAGACGUCAAUCUGGUCGUUGGCCUGGAAGCCCGUGGCUUCAUCCUCGGCACGGCCAUGUCACAGCGUCUCAAGCUGCCCUUUGUCAUGCUGAGAAAGAAGGGCAAGCUGCCGGGCGAGACCCUUUCAGAGUCCUUCACCAAGGAGUACGGCAAGGACGAGUUUGAGGUGCAGAAGGACAUCCUGUCGCAUCUGCCCCAGCAUCUGAGACCUUCCGCCAGCCACUGCUUCCACGUGCUGAUCAUGGACGAUGUCCUGGCCACCGGUGGCACGCUGUGUGCUUCGAUCGAGCUGGUCAGAAAGCUGCUGCAUCACAACAACAUCACCAACUUCAAGAUCUCCACAUCCAUCAUCUCUGCUAUCAAGUGUUUAAAGGGCAAGCAGAAUAUCUAUGAAAAGUACAACGAUGUCUCCAUAGAUGUCAUCAAUGACGUGUAA